AUGAUACCGCCAUCCGCUAAGGGCAAAAGCAUGAGUGGCCAGUCGAGAGAGCGAGGGCAGGAUAAUGAGUGUAGAUUCUUCGAUCUGCCGUGGGAGCUCCGGUGUAAGGUGUACUCGUACGUCUUUUCGGGGCCGCCUCGAAUCGUGAGGCCUGUUAGGCAAGCCCGUAAACCAACCGACAAAGAGCUGGCCUCCCCAAAGUUUGGCCGGCAUAGGCGUACAAGUGUCAUGUUGGCCUCCCGCCGUUUUCACGACGAUGUAUCCCAAUACCUCUACUCCUCCUACACCUUCCGCAUCUUUCCCGUGCAACAUCAGCCCUCCAUCGUGCCGAACGUCUGCGACCUCGCGCCCCGAUACAAGAGUGCGGUGAGGGUUCUACGGCUCGUGCUGGGCUCGAGCUGGACCGAGCCACCGGAAUCCUGGGUCGUCAAUGAGAAACUCGGGCUCAAAUCAAUGGAGGGGGUCCAUACGUUGGAGAUACUAGUGCUGUGCGACCCGUCAAACCCAAUGUUUGAGCCAUUCCGCAUUUCCAAGGAUUUCUAUACCAAGUUCUCAUGUCGGCUCCUACACGGCAUACUGAAAGACCUCCCUAGCCUGCGAUAUGUUGUCAUUGAUGGCUACUCGUCGAUCGAGAGAAAUGGCGGCCUGGUCAGUGGUCUGGUUCAAGAAAUUCAGACUACGAAGAAGAAGAUUCGAUGGGCUGGUCCCUUUAAAUCAUCGAAUUCAUCUACUGCCAUUUGUUGA